UUCGUCUCUCGCGCACACAGCAGGCCGCGCGCGGCCCGUGUGGAUCAUGGAGCCCCCGGCCUUCCCCAACGCAGCCCUAAGCACGGUCAGGGCUGCUCCCGCGUCCACCGCCGUAAUUCUGCUGCCCGUGCCCGCCGGGACACCGCCCUUCCACUACCAGUGGAAUCGCGCGGGAGCAUCACUGGACGGGCGCAGCAAGACCUCAGUGGAUAGUGGUGGAGUGAGGCUCACCGUAACGGCUGCCCAGAUCGGGGACAGCGGGAUCUACACCUUACAGGCAAGCAAUGCUGCCGGUAAAGAUACGGCUAGGGUCAGGCUGGAGGUUUCUGCAGACGAGACCCCGACCGGUGACGACCCGCCGACCUUCCUACGAAGACUUCAGGACUUGACAGUCAAAGUCGGCACAAGGACCAGGUUCCUCGUAGAGAUUGCCAGCUCCACGGAGUGUAAGGUGACAUGGUACCGUAACGAGCGUCGGCUGCUUGAGGUGGAGCGUAUAGCGUUGGUCCGAGAUGGUCACUUCUGGUGUGCGGAUGUGGCGGCAGUUAGUGUGGACGACGCUGGCCGGUGGACCUGCACAGCAGAGAACCUGGGCGGGAGGGCCAGCUGCUCGGCGCAUCUCAAUGUACUCGUUCCCAAAGCCUAUAAACGUCCAGAAUUCAUGGAGGAACUACGAGCUAUAUUGACUGAACAGGGCACGGUGUCCCUUGAGUGUAAGGUGGUCGGCGUGCCAACUCCUGUGUUGAGGUGGUUCAAGGACAGUCGUGAAAUAAAAGCCGGUGACGUGUUCGCGCUGACUGCGAACUCGGAGGACCCAACCUCCCUUGGGACAUACACAUGCGAGGCUGUCAACUGCAUGGGCAGGGCGUACUCCUCCUCCAAGGUGCACGUCAUCGGCCGCGCUAGUCGGGAGGGUUCAGCUAAUCCAACGUCAGGAGGAAUAACGCCAGACCCACCCCCAAUCUUCACAAAAGAGCUUGAGGACCAAUUUGUGAAGAUUUGUGAAUCACUGGCUUUUAGCUGUCACAUCGUAGUACCGCCAUGGCCACGAAGUAUAGUGUGGUACAACAAAGAAGGCAAAAUUAAGCCCAGUGACAAGUAUCGCGUGGUGGAAGACGGCGUUGGAGGUUACAUGCUGGAGGUGAGUCCGGCAGAGUGGUGUGACGAGGGGGAGUGGAAGUGCGUGGCGACCAGCUCAGGAGGUCGGGUUGGAAUGUCGUCCUGCUACGUCACCAUGGAAGUGCCGAAGAACUAUAGAAAACCAAGGUUCAUGGAGAACCUUCAAGCUGUAUUAACAGAUGAAGGUUUAGUUUCGUUCGAAUGUAAAGUUGUUGGAUUCCCUACACCCAUAUUGAGUUGGUUCAAAGAUGGCCAAGAGUUGAAACCAGGUGAUGUGUACCAACUAACAGGCACUAAUUCACUCGGUUCUUAUUGCUGUAUUGCCAAAAAUUGUAUGGGGCAAGCAUGUAGUUCUGCCGAACUAACAGUCGAAGAUAUACAAAAUCAAUUAAACGAAGAAGAAAAGUUGCAAUUGUUCUCAAAGAAUCAAGCUCCGAAGUUUAUACAGGGCCUGAAAAGUGUCGAAGCUAAAAUCGAUGAACCAUUCCGCUUUACGAUUAAAGUUGCCAUUCCGCCUGAACCUGCAGUAUUAUGGUAUCGAGAUGACCAACCAGUGGAUACGUCAUCUCGUUGUUUACUUGGUAAAGAAGACCGAGGUGUUUUUUAUUUAGAAAUAAAAAAAUUAGAAUUAAUGGAUCAAACUGAAUGGAAAUGCGUUGCAAUGAAUGAUUUCGGACACAGCGUAACAUCAUGUUUUCUUAAAUUGAUAAUACCGCGACACUACAAAAAGCCGCGGUUUUUGGAAAAUCUUCAAGCUAUCCUUUCAGAUGAAGGUGCUGUUAAUUUGGAAUGUAAGGUUAUAGGUGUUCCGCAGCCCACUCUAAAGUGGUAUAAAGAUGGAGAGGAACUUAAACCCGGCGAUAUACAUAGGAUAAUUUCAGGGCAGGACGGCACAUGCUGCUUAGGAACAUACACAUGCGAGGCACAAAAUUGUAUGGGUAUUGCAGCCAGCUCUGCCUCACUUUUAGGUUUUGAAGAUACUGUUAAAGUUAAAAAUAAGAAGAAAAGUGAGGAACAAACCUUAGAAAGAAAUUUAUCACUUAGCACUAUUCACGAGGAAAGAACAUCACAACUGUAUGAUACUCCUAUUGGAGAUAUUACUUUAGACGAAAAAGGUGAAAUAUCUUUUUCUUUUGAUGGCAAAGAAGUUUCUGUUUCUUUAUACGAAACCCCAGAUCUCACAGAAGAAGAAGCGUUACAAAUUGUGGAAAUGUACGCAGACCAGUUAUCGGAAAACGUAACGGAACAUAAUGUUGUGGAACUACCGCCAUUAAGAUUUGUAAAAGAAACGUCCACAUCAGGAAAUUUAUUAAUGGAGGCAAUAAUCAUUGACGUUUCACCUGACUACUUUAUUCACCCAGAAGAAGAUUUGAGAACAGAAGCCGAUAUAGAAGAUAUAUCUAUUGCCGAUGAAAACGGAGCUGCGCAAUUAUCUUUUGACAAAGAGAUAUGUGAUGAUGACCUUGAAAAAACGGUUACUUUACUUUCAGAAGAAAAAGUCGAUUUCUUAAAGAAAGAUUAUAGAAGAAAAUCUGACUCAUUGCGAAGUGGCGAUUAUUUUAGUAUUUCUAAAGAACAGUCGUAUUCAGAAGGUAAAAAAAAUGAUGAUGAUACCCAAGUAUCUGAAUGUACUAGUUUUGCCAGUGCACACAGUACUGAUAAGCCAAAAUCUAAAUCUUCGAAACCAUCGCAAGAAGAUGGUCAAGAAUCAUCUGAUAUUACCAAAACUGUUCUAUUCAGAGAAGAUUUAGGCGAUGUUAGAAAAUCUAAAAUUGAGCUAGUAGAUAUUAAACAAGAGGGAGAUAAUUUGAAAAUGUCCACGAAAUCUUGUACGAAUAAGAAUGAAUCAAUUAACUUUGAAAGUGACACAGAAUUUGAUCUAAACCCACAGUACCAAACAUCAUAUAAAAGCGAAAAUAUUAAGAGAUUAUUCGCACUUUUGAUGAAAUCAAUUAAGAAUAUUAGGAAUGUGGAAGAAGGUGUCAGUUUUAAAGCUGAUUUAAUUUCUUCGCCCGCUACCGCAUCUAAAAGCCUCGAAGUAAUAAAUAGUCUUCUGACACCAUUAAUCGGAAUUAAAAACAAUAUCGAAAGUAUGGUGGAUGUAAUAGAUUUUGGGGUGUUUGACAGUAACUACGGUUCAAUUGUAGAAGAACUGAGAAAUAUUCAAAAAUCUUUAACAGUCAUUCAAAUGUGUGCAGCCGAAAGUUGUGAUAAAACAAUCGUUACAAAUACAUGUAUAUCAAUAAUUAAUGAGUGUAGUGAUUACUUAAUGGAAAUCAUGUCGCUUAUCAAAUUGUGUUCUGUGGAUCUUACUGAUAAAAAUCAGAUUUCACAAAUUCAGUUGCUAACUACAGACGUUAUUUGUAUUUUAAAGACGUGUAAAGAUAUAACACACAAGAAAAGACUUAUAAAAGAGACAACGUCAAUUUCUAAAAAUCAGCAGCACUUAAACGAAACCCAGAAAUCUGUUUUUAAUCUAAAAAUACCAAUUAAUUCAUUGCUAAAUAUUGUGAAAAAUGCCUUAGAAGGAAAAGUUAUAAUGCUUACUGAUUUUGAGUUAGGUGAAGUAAUACUUCUUCAUAUGUCGUCAUCAAUACAAGAUUUACAGACAGCAUUGGAACGUAUUGAAUCAUUAUCAGUUGAUGAAUCCAAAUCGUCAUUAAAUAACUAUAAUACAAGUAUUAUAAAUACUGUUAUGGAAUCCGUACUAAAAUUACGAAAUUCAUUUGAAAUACUUUCUUCAGAAACGAAAAUUCAACAUGAUAAGCAAGGAAUUAAGAGUGUGUUGGAAUUAGUUAAAGUUAAUCUGGAAGAUAUAUCAUCCCAUAUCUACGACAUUGAACUUAAUGUUGGGGAAUUUGAUGUUUUACGUAGCGAUAACAAGCUUGAGCUCCUUCAAAAAAUGGCACAAGCACUCAUAUCCCUGGACAAAAAUUUAUCGUUUUUGAACAAUUUACCUGAUAUACACAGCAACAUGAUAACAUUCCAUAAAAAUCUUACAAAAGUCCUUGAAAAGAUAAUCGAAAGUAAUGAAGCCAAAAAAUAUGUUGCUUUAGUUGAAAUAUGUGACGCAGUUAAUAAAAUUAAUUCUUUCAUUAAAAAUGUUGAUUCUGAGAGGACAUUGUCAUUAGCUAGUAUUGGCAAUGCAUUAGGUGUUAUUAAUGAGCAAAUAAACAAUAUGGAACUAGAUGGAAAUCUUCAUUCCAUAUUGAUAAACAAUUUUAUUCAAUUGUUAACCCAGUUACAAAAUAUUGCUAAUAAUACAGAAGAUCCAGAGCAAUCAAAUGACAUAAAUGAAGAACCACGCUCGGAACGUGGCACUCCUUUACUGUUAUAUCAAAUAGAAAAAACAAUUAAUGCCAUUAAACAUGUAUCUAUUAGUGAGGAGACUACUUCUGAAAUGCCAGAUAUGGUCCCAAUUCUUGAAUCAUUGACGCCAGUACUAGAAGACCUUAAAUGCAGCAUUGCAACUUUUAAACAAAAUGCUGAUCAAGAAUCUCAUUUAUCCGACCUAUCACAACAGUCUUUAGUAAAAUCAAUCAAUAAAUCAUUACACGAACUUCACCAAAGCGUUACUAUUUUUAACCAGAUAGUAAUGGAUUCUGUAGAAAUAUUGAAGCCUGGUAGCAUAGUGCCUAGCGUGGCAAGGCCAAUUUAUGAGCUCAACGCCGCAAUAGAAAUACUCCAAGAAAAUAUUCUAUCUGAGUAUGAUAGCUUAUCAUCUCAAGAAAUAAGCGUUAAAGUUGCCACCUUAUCUCAAGCUCUCCAAAAUUGCUUUCUAUUUAUUGGCGAAGCUUUUGAAUGUGAAGCAGUAGGAGAUAUUUCAACUUUAGAUGAUAUAUCGUACUUAAAAACAACAGCUGACUCAGUUUCUUCAGAUUCUCAUAUUGCUCUAGAAAUAUUAAAAGUAACACAACAUGAGCAAAACGCCUCACAGUUUAAAGAAUUUUCACAUGAAUCAAAGCCUGACACUGCUAUACAAUUGUGUAAGUUAUUGCAACAGGAUAUUAUUGAUAUACAAAGCCUUGAAGUCAUGGACACGCUCAACGAAAUACUACAAAUUAAAAGCAAUCUGUUCUUUAGUCAGCUGAUUGAGUGUUUUGAAGAACUUCAUACAGAAAUUCAAUGUAUUUUGGAAGGCGUUAUGGAAAACAAAAGUCCAGUAGCUAUUUUAAAUAUUGCAAAUAAAAUUCAUGCAAAAUUAGUUCAUGUUGAUAUUGAACAGCUUUUAUUGGAAGAUAAUCUACCAAUUACUGCAAAUGAAAUAAAUACUAUGGUGCAGAGUUUAUUGAAGUUAAAUAAUGAUUUAAAUGAAUACAUACAAUACAACGUUGCCUAUGACUCCUCUGCAUAUAUAAAUACACUGCGCACAUUAUGUAGAAAUCUAAUGACUAACAUAGAAGCAUUUGAUGGAGGAAUCUCGCCUGACGACAAUUUCAAAGAACAGUUACUAAGUUUACAAGAUACUUUAGCUGAUUUUUUGAAUUCGACUGGAGUAGAGCAGACAGGAGCUCGAAACGAUUUUAUCGCACAUGUAACAGAAAAGCUUACUAUGAACUUAUUAAAGUUAGAGGAUGAGCUAAUACCAUUUACACCAGAAUCACCAUUGCCUUUACAUAGUCAUUCUAUUCUAAUAUCUAUAGAUGAAAUUUUAAAAAAUAUUGAAAAUUUCGAAUUAAGAAACUUUACAAAUGUUGCUGAACUAAAUAAUGACAUUGUGAUUUCUCAAUUUACAUUUGAAAGCGAAAUUGAGAGUUUUAAUCAUCUAGAUAGUAUUUUGAAUAACGCUGCUAAGAACAUAUUAUCAGAUAUUUCUGAAUCAUCAAUAGCAGAUUUAGACAAGGUAAAAGACUUUUUGCAAAAAUAUUUAAGUGAAUUUGCUACCCUCAGGUAUUUAAUGAGCACACGACUGAGUCAUAAGAAGGUCAUUCGACUUAUUAUACAAUAUAAUUUACUUCAAAAUACAAUGAACGAUUUUGAACAACAGCAAGAGCGACUCCAACUACCUAUUGAUUUUAAAGAGUAUCUCAGGGACUGCCUUGAAAAGGUUAAUCGAAGCAUGAGAAAAAUUCAAUCAUCGAUGAUAAGAUUAGUUAAUUUCCAGUCAGAUAUGCUGUUUGUUCAUCCAUUACAUAAAAUUAAAAUAGCAAUAGGGACAUUUACAGAGUUUUUAAAAGAAGAUCAGGAAUUAUAUUUGCAUGAGCUAAUAAGUAAAUUCCUUGAGGUUCUUGAAUUGGGUAAAACACAUUUUUGCGGAAUAAAACUAGCCCUUAUUGAAGAAAUUAAAUUCCACAAUAAUUUAAAAAUUGAUAAUGAGUAUAAAAACUUUAUAAAUGUUGUCGGUUUAUUCAAAAAGUUUGUAGAAAAUGAAAUUGAUACGAUAAAUGACUUGGCGAAAGGUGAUAAUAAAUUACACCUACAAAAACUUUUAAAAUGUUUUGAAAUGCACGAUGGUUAUAGAAAUACAUCGGGGGUUGGACAGAAAUUAAUAUUAUUGAAAUGCAUAAAUGAGUGUGUAGACAUCUUUUAUAUACAAUUAAAGUUGUCACCUUUGUCGCCCCUGCAUGAUAAAAUUUUAAACACAAUCAUGGCAGAUAUUCUUGAGUCAUUAUAUUUGUUGAAUAAGUUGUGUAUAUUUAGUAAAGAAAAGAUGUCUGAUUCUGAUAUUGAACAUUGUUUGAGAAGCUAUAUUAAAAACUUUACUGAUAGUAGUAAGGCACUUGAACAUUAUAAACUGGAUAAUAAAGAAUUCACCAACACCGAAAUUGCACUAGUAACAGCGCUAUUAAAAGAAAUACACCUACUCCAAGAUAAUUUGAGGUCUAAAGAUAUACUUAUUGAAGAAUUAACUAUUUUUAACACGGUAUUAGAUCCUCUUAAUACUGUUGAGCAAUAUCUUGAAAAUAUUUUGUCAUCGCCGUUCUUCAAAGAUAAGCUGAAUUUUAAAAACAUAAAAGAUAAGGCUGAUUCUCUUUUAUAUCAUAUUGAACAAUACAUUGAAAUAACAGAAGUUGUAGAUGAAAUUUCUGCGGUAUUUAACAUUGAAAAUAUAAGAGAAACAACAAAAAAAGUUAAUGAAUUAAAAGAAUGUCUUUUGGCCAUACAAAUGUCACCAGAAACUUCAACACAAUUCAUUGAUUGCUUCAGUACAAAGAGUCAAGCACGUGUUGCAACAGAACUCUCGAAAUGCUUAACUGAUCUUCAUGAGGAGGCAUCUAACAACAAUGAAAACCAGAUAUCGACCCGAAUUCAAGACAAAAUGAACGAUGUAAUCACAUUGCUUCAUGAAGAUUUAGAUACAUUCACAAAAGCAACUAAUUUAAACCUUUUACCCAGUAAUAAAGAAGGCAUUCAUCAAAGUAAUGAUAAAGCUAUUUUGACCUCCAGCAAUAAUGAACCAUUAUGUCUUACAUUAAACCAAGAUAAUCAGUCGGAUGCAAUAGGGGACACAACAGGAAAAUCAAGCAAUAUAAUAAACGAGUUAGCGGGAAAACAGCCACAAACAGUCGAAUGUUAUAAAAUAAUAACAGAUUCUUCCUCUAUAGAUUUAAAACCUUCUUUUGAAAUGAUUGAAAAUAACGAAAUGAAAUCCAAAAAUCCAUUGCAGGAACAAUCAUUUGAUUUUGUAAAUCAGGAACUCCAUUCGACUAACAAUGUUAACAAAGAAAUUAGUUUGUUUGAUUCCAAUGUGCCACUAUCUGAUCAAUCUAAUAUAUCGAGUACGCAGGAUGCUAGUGAAUUAAUCAUGCCAGAGGAUACAGCAAUUGAGGAAAUAAGCAGAAAUAAUGACAAAAUUAACAAAGAAGCAUAUGAAAAAUCUUCUAUCGCAUCUGUUGAGACUCAAGAAAAAAUAUCAGACUCAUUACAAGAACAGUCAAUGGAUUUACAAAUACAGGAACUUGAAUCGAUUAACAUUACUCAAACAAAAAUACAAGAAAUACAUUCUAAAAUUUCAGUCUGUGAUGAACUUCAAAUAGCGCAUACUCCUGAUAUUUCUAGAUUUGACUUGCCUGAAGAAAUAGCAGUUGAGAAUAAAAAAGAAACAAAGAAAGAUAAUUACAUUAAUGACCAAAUUUACAAGGCCGAGUUCGAACAAACUUGUGUAGCACCUGUAGAAAUUCCAGAAAAAAUGUCAUACUCAUCACAAGAACAUAUACAAGAAUUUAAUUUGACUAACAAUGUUAAAAAAGAAAUACUGAAUAUACAUUCCAAUAUGCCAUUAUGUGAUCAAAGUCAAAUAGCGCAUACUCCUGAUAAUUGUGAAUUUGAAUUGCCAACAGAAAUAGCAAUUGAGCAAGUAACAAACAAAAAUAACGACAAAAAUGAACAUGAGGAUGAGUUUGAUCAAACUUGUGCAGCACUUGUUGAAACUUUUGAAAAAGUAUCAGAGGUAAAUAGAUGUAAUAACAGUAAUACUUAUAAAGAAGAGAACGAAUGCAGAGAUCACCAUGAUACUGAAGUAUCAAUAAAUCAAGAAAUGGAUGUGCAACCAAAUAUGGUGGAUUUACCCGAACAAAUAGAUUUAAGUGCAAAUGUUUUAUCUGAGACAAGGAAGUUAGAAAUAACCAUAGAAAGCAAUGCACAAAUAGAUCAAAGUAAUGAAUUAAUAAAUAAAAUAAAGCAUAAUAGUGAAAUACAAGAGAAAGAAAAUACAGCAGAAAUAGAUAAGUUUUCAUCUGAUAUAAGUGCUCCUGAUGAUAAUUGUAAAGCAAAUAAUGAACAGGAACAAAACAAAGUCAAUACAAAAGAAAGUCUUGAUCUUUCAACUGAUAGUUAUAUUCCAAAAGAGUCAUCUAACUUACAAAUAGAAACCUAUGUUAGUGCAGAGCUUAGUCUUGCUCUUUAUGAAGAUAAAGAUCAGUCUAUCGAUAUCACCCCCACAGAUGAAGCUCAUGAGGAAAUGAACGUAAAUUCAAAAGUAGUCCAAAGUCAAAGCAGUAUUACAGGGAAUUUUAAUAGUAAAUCUUAUAUAUCAGAUUUUGAAAAUGAAGAUCCAAUGCAAAGGUUGGAACACCUUCUUCAGGAUUUGAAUGAAUAUAUCAAUAUAUCUCCUGAAAAUAUCAGUUGUAAAAAAGAGUCCUUAUUAAAUAUUCUAGAUGAAUUUCAGAUUGUCAUUAUUAAACAGAAAUUUGAUUAUGAUAGCAAAAAGGAUGAGACUCUUAAUGAGACUCUAGAAGAUUUAGAGUGCAGUGUGAGGAGUGUACAGUUGCAAAUAAUUGAAAAUAGUCCGACCCAACAUAUUCAAGAAUCCGCUGCUACUCUGCAAUUAUUAGUUGAUAACUUAAAAGACAUUAUUCAAUUCUCAGAUAAAGAGACGUUAAACAGUGAAAUUUCUGAUAUGUCUUUAUUAAAAGAAUGUGAAAAUUCUGUAAGCAAUACUGUUGAAAAAAUUGAACGUGGGUUUUUCAGUGAAAGUGAUAUACAAAUCAUAGUAGACAAUUUAACAGAUAUAAAUUUUUUCAUAAAAUCUAUCAAGCAAUGUAUUUCAAAUGAUACUGAAAGUAUUCUAGACAAAGGAGUAGAUAUAAUGCAAAAUUUAAAUACAAUUGAGAAUAAUUUAAUUGUUGUUGAAAAACAACUAGCAGAUAAACAUGAUAUUGAACCACUUACACAAGAUGCAAUAAUAACGGCAGUACAUUCAGUAUAUGAAAGUGUUUCAAAUAUAAGAGACACACUUAGACGAAUUCAGAAAAAAGGCUUGUAUAAGAACUAUGGAAUACCUUCAGAUAUAUUACUGAAAACUAUUAAAGUAUUUAAUUCAUUAAGUGCAAUUGAUGUGGAUAUAAAAUCAAUGUGUAAAUGCCUUCGAACGUUUUCCAAUCAUUUUGAAGAUGUCAAGUUUUAUUUAAAUUUUGAUAAAACAGCACGGUUACCAUGUGAUUCUUGUAUUACUGUAGAGGUUUUAACUGAAUUAAAAUCAAACUUAUUAGGUAUUAAUUCAAAUAUUACUGAAUCUGACCCAUCAUUAAAUUUGCAGCUGCAAUUAAUUCUUUCUGACAUUGAUGAAAUAAUACAAAGUUUAGAAACUCGUUCAAAUAUUGAAGUCCGUGAAAAAAUACCAAUUUUUAUGGAAUUAUCACAAAAGUUGUAUAUUAUUGCUAAAAAUAUUAAGGGCUAUUAUGAAAAUUAUAUUAUACUCAAUGACAUAUCCACUCAAAUUCCUACGGAAUGUAUACAAAGUCAAAAAAUCCAAGAUAAAAGUGUUGGUUUUCAUACUGUGGAUGAUAAAGAUAAUGCUAUUAAAGAAACUAAUGGUAUAGAUAACUCGGAAAGUCAGGUAUCCCUGGGGAUUAAUAAAAAUACAGAUAUUACUGGGUAUAUGGAUAUUGGAAUACAUACAAUUUAUGAACAUGACAAUAUGAAUUCCAUUAAAAAUCAAUAUACUGAGAUUCUAUUAGUUUCCAAAUACGAAAUAAAUAAGGUAAUUGAUAAUGCAGUUGAUAUAGUUAUGUCAAUGAAAAAAUCAAAACCGAUUCCAGACUUAGAUAUACAAAUAAAUGAAAUUAAAGAUUUUGCCACUUACACUAACAAUGAACAAAUUACUGAUCUAAUUGAUAAAAUUAAAGAUCAGAUACAACAAGAUGAAAUCGUAUAUAUAGAAGAUAAUGCAACUUCUGAUAGUGUAACUGAUAUUAACAUUAUUCACAAAGAUGUUUGUGAAAGUGAUUUUAAUGUUAUUCAUGAUACAAGCAAAGAAAAACUUAAAAAUUGUGAAAAUAACCUUGAAAUGGUUCAACCUACUGACAAAACUCCAGAUACAGCAAGCCAAAACAAUAAAGAAAUUUUCUUAGAAAAAGGCGAAGAUAAUAACGGCAGCAUUCCUUCAAUUGUUUGCCAACAGAUUGAAAAUGUGCUUAGUACUAAAAGCAUAGAUAUUGAUUCGCUGUUGCAGUCGGAAGAUAAUGUUACAAUAGUACAGGGUGUGAGUCAAACAUCAGUUGAAAUGAUGGAUUUUGGUUCAGAAGAUUUAAUUGAUAAAACACAAACCACUUCAUUUAAUCAUGAUCAAAGAACAGAAAUUCUUGAAAAUAACGAGGUAAUAGACCAACAGUGUCUUAAAUUUUCUGAAGUGAACGGUGCUAAUAUAGGUAAUGAGAAUGAAAAUAAUCCUUUAGUCCAAUGCGCAUUGGUGAUUCGAAGUCCGGGAUGUGAUAACAUAUCGGAAGAUGAAAAUAUUGGGAGUGAUCAAGAAUCAGUUGAUAAAUCUAGAGAAGUUGUUAUAACAAAAGACACCGACAGUCGUAAAACAACAACACAAAGCCAAAAUGACGAUAUAGGAAACAAGUUUGAAGUGCCCACCGUUGCGUCAGAAAUAGAGUGUCGUACUGAUAAAGAUCAAAUUUCAAGCUUGUUGAGCUGUGAUAAUAAAAAUUAUAAAGAAAUUGUUUCAGCUGAUCAACCAAAUUCUAAAAGUUUCGAUAAAAGUGAUAAAACUAUAGAUAUAGUGAGCUUAUCAAGUGUUGAAGACAUAAAAUCAAAGGACAAUAAGUCAACUAGAACUAUUCAUUCAAAUACCAAUGAGGCAAGCUGUGAAAGCGAAUGUGAGAUAACGGUCCAGGAACUCAGGAAGGAUUUAAUUGAAAAUAAUAAUUCAAUUCAUACUGGCUCGCUAGAUACCAAGACAGAAUUUGAAAAGACUUCUGAAUCGAAUAUUGAUAAUAAAAGUGCAUUAAAAUUUUGUGAUUUCGAUACAGAUGUUGUCGUAGAAGAAACAUUAGACUCAGAUAACAAUUCUGGACCAGAAUUUAUGCUUAGACAGAUGAGCGAUGUAUUGCAAUUGCAUGAAAAUAACAAUAUUUUAGAAGUGUCACAUACAACUUUGCAUGAUAUACAUCUUGCUAAAAUAGAAGUAAUAUCUCCUAUCACAGGAUCUCAAUCGUCUGAAAAACACAUUUUAGACUUAACCCAAAAUAUUGAAAUUCCCCCGAGCAUUAUUUCUUCGUCUGGUCAAAAAAAUACUGAAGAUAUUCAUGAAAAUACAGAUGAUUUUCAUGAAAAUAUACAGCUUACUCACGAUAAUGCCACUUUGGCGCUCUUUCAAGACACAAUUUCAAAUACACAAAAAUGUACUGAUUUAGCCGAUAAUGAUAAAGCAGCGGACUCUAAUGGCAAAAUUGAAGAACCUGAAAAUUUAGGAAAGUCCAUUGAGGAAAUAAAUUUAAAUGAAAACACUAAUAUAGACGCGGAUUUGAUUAAAAUAUUAACAAAACCAAAACCAUACUCAGAAUCAAUAGUAUCCGUUUCUUCUGAAACAAAUCCUAAGAAAGCUGAUUUUGAAAAUGGACUUCAUAGAAUAGAAUCGUCAAUAAUAAAAACUAAUCAGACAAAUGAAGAGACCACACAGAAUAAGGAAAUCAUAUUAAAUCUUGGUGAAUUAGUUGCUACAAUAACAAGUAACGAAUAUUUAUCAAAUCCAAUUGAAAACCUAGAUAAAAAAGACCAUACAUACCAAGAUAAAAGCCUUGUGUCCAACAGUUUAAGUGUCAAUUCAAGUGACAGUUACGAUUUAAAAAACGAAAAUAAGAAAUGUGCAUCAAUUCUAAAGGAGACAGAAAAUGUAUUAGCUAUAUUGAAUUCAGAAAGAAAUAAUGAAAUUCAACAAAAUAAAAAUCUGAGAAGCGAUAAUAAUAAAGGAUCAAAAUUAGAAGAUCUGGAUCAAAAUGGAAACUUAGUAGAAACUGAAUCCGGUGCGAAUAUUGCAUCAAAAUCAUUUUCAUCUGCAACAAAUACAGAGCAAAAUAUAUUGGCUAUACAAAUUAAUGAAACCACUGAAACAAAACAAGACAAAAGCCUUAUGUCCAAUAGUUUUAGUGUCGAUUCAACUGACAGUUACGAUUUAGAAAACAAAAAUAAUAAAACUGUAUCAAUUCCAAAGGACAUAGAAAUUGAAUUAGCUAUAUUGAAUUCAGAAAGAAAUAAUGAGAUUCAACAAAAUAAAAAUCUGAGUAGCGAUAAUAAUAAAGAAUCACAAUUAGAAGAUCUGGAUCAAAAUGGGAACUUAGUAGAAACUGAAGCAGGUGCUAAUAUUGCAUCAGAAUCAUUUUUAUCUGCAACAAAUAUAGAGCAAAAUGUAUUGGAUAUACAAAUAAAUGAAACAACUGAAACAAAACAAAAACCUCUGGAGAAUAAACAAUCUGUGGAUAUUGAUAAUAUUGACGAUUUGAAAUUUCACGAAAAUUUAAUAAUAAUGAAUAUAGAAACUAUCGAAAUUGAAAAUAAAUAUAAAAUAAAGGACUGUGUGGAAAUAAAAGAGCAGUCAAAAUUAGAUUUGGGGAAAUCUAAUAAAGAUAUAGAAGCUUACUUUCCUCAGCAUAAAGAUUUUGAAGAAAAUAUUCAAAGCAAAAUUGAUAGCGAAUAUCAGAGCAAUUCUAUGGAGGUAUUCAAUACGAGCGAACAUCCUUUGGAACAGCAACCAGGAUCAAAAAAUAACUCAAUUGAACUAUGUGGUUCUGUUGAAACCAGUUAUGAACAGUUUAAUGAAGAAAGCAAAGAACUAGAAUUGAGUGAUCACAGAAAAAAACAAUCUGGAGACAGAAAUAGUUAUGAUAUUACAGCUGUUCAUAAGACAGGUAACUAUUGUGAUAACUAUAAUGUUGAAGUGGACUUAUCCAAGAUAGAAGAUAAUAAAUCUGCAUUGCUAAAAUCAGAUAGGAAUGAUAUAAUAUUAAACGUAUUAGUAUCAGAAUUCAUUGAUAAUACAACAAAUGUACGCAUAGAAGACGACUCUAUAGAUUUAAAGUUCGAUGAGACAUCAACCAAAGUUGAUUCUUUGAACAAUUAUAGUAAAAAUAAAAUUGAAGAGACAUUAUUCCCACAUAAUAAAGAAACUAAUAACAAUAAUGAACAAAUAUACGAUUGGCUUGAACAUAAUAAGAUCGAAGAUAAAAAUGAAUUGAAAAAUGGAGAGAAUCAGUUAAAUGAAGAUACACUUCACAUUUGUGAGAAACAACAAGAAACAGAACUUCAUGGCUCACCAAAUUUAAACAAAACUUUGUAUUUAAUUCAGUGCGAAAUAGGAAAAAAAAGUGAAACAAAUACUGAAUUAUUUGUUCCAAAAUGUUCUCAAACCAAUAGCAUUGAAUCUGAUCGUACGGUAGAGACAUAUGAGUCAAGUAAGAUGAAAUCAGAUCAUUAUGAAAAUACUGGCCGUCUCAACAUAUCAGGUGAUUGCGAACAAACAGAACCACUUAAAGAUGCAACAAUGACAAAUGCAUCGCUACAGGAGAAAAUACCAGAAAUAAACAAAAUAGACUCAAAUUUGUCAAACGAAAACAAAAUUGAAUCCUAUGUUGAGACAUAUAGUAAACUAAAUCUCGAUAGCAAAUCUUAUUCAGAUAUUACUAACCAGACCGAUCAUGAACUUGGUUUAAAAGUUCGAAGCAAAAGUACAAAAAAUAAUAUUCAAAUGAUGGAUGAUAUUAAUGAGUUUAAUCUAAAGAUCGAAGACAGUAAGGAUUUUGCAAAUUCUCUUGUCCAGAAAAAAGAGGAGGACAUCUUUAUCGAUCACAAUGAAAGUAAAUGUUAUAAUGAAAUAGAAAUCAAACAGAAUAAAUGCUUGGAACAGGAAACAGGAGGAGAACAUGCAAGAUUUGAAUUAGAAAAAAUGUCAAGCAAACCGUGGCUGCAAAUGGUAGAUCCAAAUAUUCAUACAGCGUAUGACUUUUCGCGACCUCCUGGCUAUAUACCAAAAUUAAACAAAUCAGAUGAUUUCUCAUAUUCUGAAACAAAUUUGCACAGAAAUACAUCAAAAAUAUUUUAUAAAGCACAGAGUUUGGUGCGCGAAUUUCAAAUGAGAUCUCCAACACCCUUUAGUAUUACUAAUAUUUGUCAUGACGGCACAUUAAUUGAUGAUAUACGGACUACACAGUUAAAAUCGUCAAGCGAAACCAGGACUAUUAAUAGAGAAAAGUCAAUGAUCAUGAGAAGUGAUCUCAAGGGAAAACCAGUUUUCACAACUCAACUCACUAACAGAACUGCCGUUGCAGGAUCACGUGUAAAACUAACUUGUAGUAUAUUAUCAACAAAUGAAACAAGAAUAAAUUGGUACAAAGAUGAUUUGUUAUUGGAAAGUAAACAAAAAUAUAAAAUGAUGUGCAUAGACGGUUUAAUUACGCUAGAACUGCUUAACGUAGUUCCGAGUGACUCUGGUGAUUAUUGCUGUACGAUAGAAAAUGAAUCUGGUAUAGUAAAAUCUUGUGCCAACUUAAAAGUUUAUCCCAGUUUUGAGCCUUCUCCAAUUCCACCAACAUUUACGAGAUCAAUACGUGAUAAGUAUAACAGCACCGAUAAUGAAUUAGUACUAGAGUGUCGUAUCCGAGGGCAACCGUUACCCUCUAUUAAGUGGCUUAAGGAUAAUAAACUAAUUAAUACAGAUGAACGUCACAACGCAUCUUAUUUAGCUGAUGGUGUCUGCAGACUAACUAUUAGCAAUCCCACUUGCGAUGAUAGUGGAAACUAUACGUGCAGAGCUGAAAACUCUAUGUGGUCCGAUCAAAUAUCACAUUACGUUAGCUUCUCAGGCCGAGAAAAUCUUUAUGAUCCAUCUGAAUAUAAUACAGAGGAGUAUAAAGGUAUACAUCGACAUCAUGUCCAGGAUGUGCGGCGACCUCAUUUCACCAAUGUUUUAAAUGAUUACAAAGUUGUAAAAGGUGGUACAAUUGGAUUACAAGUUGAAAUCGGAGGAGCUCCAACAAGGGUGGAAUGGAUCCGAGAUGGGUCAUUUGUUACGGAUCUGUAUAGAAAUGCGCAAACAUUUGUAGAUCAUGGAAUUUAUACUUUAGCUUUACAUGAUGUAUCGGAAACACAUUCAGGCCUUUAUACGUGUAGGGCGUGGAGUAAACAUGGGAAUGUUGAUAUGAAUGCAGAUAUAACGGUCGUGCAACCAAAUGUAUCUGAUGGAAAACCAGCUAUUUUCGUUAGUCGACCCAGUAAAGAUGUAUUAAUUACCAUAGGAGAAGAUUUGAAUGUAUCAUUCAGGGUACAAGGUGAACCGAAACCGAAAGUUAGUUUGAUGAAAGGAAUUCGUGAUUUAACAAAUAGCCAAAGAGUUUGCAAAAUGACGUCAGACGACUAUGUAAAGUUCACACUUAAAAGAUCAGUUAUCUCUGAUGCUGGGACGUAUUGUAUAUUAGCCAAGAAUGCUUAUGGAUGUGACAGGGCAUUCGUAACUGUUGUUGUGCGUCAACGCGCAUCCUCUGUACACCUUAUAUCUGACUGGACUUACCCAAUUGACGAUUCGGCAUUGACUUCUCCUGAUAAAAAGUAUAAAUCGGUACCCAGUGGCAUACCUGGCGAACCUAGUGUAGUGGACGGCGGAAAUAAUUGGAUAACAUUAGCAUGGCCUAAGCCAGAACCAAACUCUGCAGCACCUGUGCUUGCCUACAGAGUGGAAAGCUGGCUACUUGGGACAGAAGGAGGUGCUCGAUGGAAAGAUUUGGGAAUAACUCCUAGAAACUCGUUUGAUGUUUUCAAUCUUAAACAAGGGGAACAAUAUCAUUUUAGAGUUAUUCCUAGAAACAGAUACGGUUGGGGGGAACCAGUUCAAACAUCCAUUCCAGUAGGUGUGGUGAUUGUUGGUGAUCGGCCUGAAUUCACUGAAAUUCUUCCUGGCUUACUAAAAGUUCUGGUUGGAGAAACAGCAAAGUUAGGUUGUUAUUUUAAAGGUAAUCCUCGUCCAGAAAUUAUUUGGAUGAAGAAUGGACAUGAAAUCGAAGAGGGAUGUCCAAGAUUUGAAACAUUACAAAGGGGUAAUGAAUGUUUAUUAACAAUUAAAGACGUGCAAAUUGAUGACGAAGGUCGUUAUAGCUGCGAGGCGAGCAAUGUUCAUGGCCGAGCCUCAACUUAUUCGAGGAUGGCUGUAAUUACUGAUAAACAAAUUUGGGAGGCCGAUGCCAAGCUCAAAAGGGAAAGGUCGGCGGAUGCGACCGGCGAGUUUCCUCCGCAAUUUACAAUGAGACUGAGAGAUCGGCGAGUGCAGUCGACUCAUCCCGUUAGGCUGACGUGUCAAGUAGUCGGUAAUCCAACACCCUGCGUCACUUGGUACAAGGACGGCCAGGAAAUUGUUUUUGAUAGGCGUCGCAUGAAAUAUCAAGACGAGCAUUUCCAUACGCUGGAGGUGGCGCCUACUGUUCUAGACGAUGGUGGGGUGUACGAGGCUCUAGCUCGCAACGGUCACGGAGCAGUCAGCUGUCGGUGUACGCUUGUAGUGGAUAAGGGUAUCCGCGCUUACAUCGCGCCGGAGUUCUGCUGCGGCCUUCAACCACUCUACACGGUCACAGAGGGUGAUGAGUUGCGUUUAUCGGCUGUGGUGGAGGCCUACCCGUCGGUGGGCGUGAGCUGGUACCGCGACGGAGUUCGGCUUCGGGCUCGGCGGACAGCGGUCAUGACACUCGACCGCGACGGACAGACCGAGCUGGCGCUGGCGGGAGUGACGCGGCGCGACGCUGGAGUGUACACCUGCACCGCCGCCAACGAGGUGGGGCAGGCUUCCACCUCGGGGCGAGUCGAAGUUGUCACCUCCGAGAGCGGCGUCCCCACCUCACAUGUGCCCGCCAUCGUGUGUUCUGAUAUACCAUAUUCAAAGGAACCGAUGUUCAUAAAGAAACCACGAUCUACGGAAGCUCAAGAGGGUGACACAGUUAUCAUAGAAUGUGAAGUUAUUGGCGAUCCUAAACCAGAUGUCUAUUGGCUCAGAGAUUUCCUAAAGCCAGAUUAUUACCGCGACGCCAACCACUUUCGUCGAGCUUCUUCAGGGCCGCAGUACCGGUUCGAAAUACCGCACGCAAAGCUGGACUACACCGGAGCUUAUUCGGUAGUCGCGACCAAUGUACACGGAGAGGCUAGAGCGGUUAUAUCCUUGCAAAUUUUUGCCAAAGUUGAAGGACAGACUUCAAGCGAUGACACACACAAUAUAACAUAUGGACGCGUGGAAGUGAUACCUCGCUUUGAGAAGGAGCUGACUGAUUUGCUCGCCUAUGACGGUGAUGCUGUGGAGUUUGAAUGUCAAGUUUCUGGUGACCCAGAACCGGACAUAACAUGGUUUCACUAUAAUAAGUCUCUAGCUAAGUGCGUGGACUUCGAGUCAUCUUACGAGCUUGGCACAGCGAGGCUGAGGAUAACACAUGUCACUGCUGAGGACGAAGGCAGCUACACGUGCGAGGCUACCAACACGCUGGGAAAAGCCACAUCCUGCGCCUGCCUCGUUGUCUACCCGCCCGGCGAGCCUCAUAUGCUGAGUCAAAGCCUGCAACGUCCCUCCGCUAUGUUGUCUGCCGCGUCAACGCCUCGUUCCACCCCUCGGUCAACACCGGCUCGCUCACUUUGUACUACACCAGGUCGCGAUAUAAGGCUUCUAAGAAGCCCCACGCGCGAAGUAGCACCGAAGUUUUAUACUUACCCUUUCAAUAAAGUAGUCGAGGAAGGAGACACGGUUGUAUUUCAAUGCGCUGUGGCUGGUCUGCCGCCACCCUGGGCAACUUGGGAUAAGGAUGGACUCAUCAUAAUCCCCUCUUCGAGAAUCACGAUCAAAGAAAAAGAUGAAAUGUUACGAAUCUUACAGAUAGAACAAGUGUCGAUUGAUGAUGUUGGUCUAUACAGAAUCUCUUUGGAGAACGAAUACGGAAGAGCCGAGGCCUCGGCAAGGCUUGAAGUGAUAUCUCACAAGGGAAAGUUUUACACGGGAGUUAGAUCGUACAGCGCCUCACCAACGAGGAGUCUCUGUCGCCGGCGAACGACUCCGACGCGAAACAGGCAAGACUCGACCCAAUGAAAUAACGAACGAUAUGCCUCAACUUUCUUUCGUAUUAUAAUAAGUAAGUAGGCAAUACAGAUAAUAGCACUUUUGCGAACGGGUUACCCAUGUUUAUAUGCUUUGCAAUUGAUUCAUUCUGUGGUUACCUUGCCGAAUGCGAAUAUUGAUAAAUAGUGUAGACAAGAAAUACAAUAGUAGUUGUAGUAAUGAUGGUGUUCGUUUCAGAACAACUGUUAAUGAAACAGCGGUGAGAUGCCGAUUUUUGAAGUGAAAACUUCUUUAGCAGCGUUGAGCACUUUUAUGGGAUUGGUAUAAAAUGUUAAACUCGCGUCAGGACACGUGAACUGAUCGAAAACUCGUAAGACAAUUGUUGAAAUAUUGGAUAAAAGUUGAUUUUUUUAGAGAUAAACUUUUUAGUGUAAAAUAAUUGUAAUAGUUCUGAAGUGUUAAAUUUUUUAUGUAAUUUAAAUUGUCAUUUAGUACACUAAGGUAGCUGAUAAUGAAUAUUGUCUUUAACCACAUAUAGAAAUUAUUCCCUAACCAUUCCAAAAUAUUAAAUAAUGCACAACGUUAAUGUUCAAGUUUUCACUUCUGCCGGCACUCCCGGAGUGCAACCAGGUAUUUUUUGUAUAAGUAACAUAAGGUAUAAUCUGCAUUUCAGUCAUAUUAUUUAUGAAAAUAAUUAUUUAGUCUAUAAUAUUAUUUGCAUACCUAGCCACUUGAAAUUUGCGUUGACUACAGCUAUACUAGUUUUUAGCUGGCAGAUAAUUAAAUAUUAUAGAAGUACUUUGAAAACAUAGUAAGUAGUUUAAUUAUUAUUGUUUAUUUAUUAAUAUUGUAUAGAAACUAAACUUUUGUGCAUUGAACUUUGCAAUAUUAAAACAAUUGCAGAUA